AUGCAGGCCAUUCACGAGCAGCACCGGGCGAGCUACUUGCCUGCCUCGUCUCGUCAGAGCCGCAUGGCCAUUGAUUCCCUAUUGAAUCCAUCCGCAGAAAGCGAAACUACCAGUACUCGGUCACAAUAUAGCCAGCACGGCUCGCCCUUAUACCCGCCCAGUCCGAAUCAGUAUUUCUAUACUUCCUACUCAGAGAGCCACCAUCCUUAUCAGGAGGACUCGCAAGACCAGGGAUACCUGCCCUACCGGACACGAUCGGUGGAAUCCUCCCCGGAUCCUUACUCUCGUGAUCGAUACGAUUCGGUAUCUAGCAGCUCCAGCAAUGCUGCGGAGCGACGGCGGCCUCCCCGACCCAAAUACGAAGAAGAAGAGAUGUAUUUCAUCUGGUACCACCGUGUGGACCUCGGCCAAGAAUGGAAGGAGGUCCGUGAAAGCUUCAACAGGCAGUUCCCCGAUCGGCAGCGACGAGGGUUCCAAGGAAUUCAAUGCAAAUUUUACCGCUUCAUCAAAGAGAAGAAGUGUCCCACAUUACGGGAGCAGCGCCGCAUGCGUGACGGCGACUUUCUGCGGGAGGGGGCGGGAGUUGCCGACUCGGGGGCUCCGAAAUUUGGAGUUAUUGAGUGGGUAGGGACCUGGUAUCCAUGGAUGCGCGAGGACAAAGAAACGGUGCGCAGACGACGAAUUGCGAGGUAG